AUGGCGGGUGAAGUGCGCCAACCUAUAGACGUGCCCUCAUUGGAGCGCUACCUCGACCAAAAUGUCCCCACGGUCAAGACACCCUUAGAGGUGAAGCAGUUCGGUUUUGGUCAAUCGAACCCCACGUACCAGCUCACCACUGCCGAUGGACGCAAACUGGUGCUCCGCAAGAAACCUCCUGGCAAAAUCCUCUCCAAGACCGCGCACCGAGUCGACCGGGAAUAUCAGAUCAUCCAGGCGCUCGGAAGCACCGAUGUCCCCGUCCCCGAGGCGCUCUGUCUCUGCGAGGACAGCAGCGUCAUUGGUACACCAUUCUACAUCAUGGAGUUCUUGGACGGUCGACACUUUGUCGACCCGGCAAUGCCUGGCGUCAGUCCCGCAGAGCGUACAGCACUAUGGAAAUCCGCCGUGGAAACAUUAGCCAAAUUCCACUCCGUCAACCCUCAGUCCGUGGGUCUCGAAAAGUUUGGCAAAUCGUCUGGGUUCUACGAUCGUCAAAUCGCCACCUUCACCGCUGUAUCACAAGCUCAGUCCGAGGUUCUUGAUAAGGACACCAAAGAGCCCGUCGGCGAACUGCCCCAUUUCAAGGACAUGGUGCACUUUUUUGCUCAAAAGGCCACCCAACCCCGCGAUCGCGGCACCCUCGUGCACGGCGACUAUAAAAUCGACAAUAUGAUCUUCCACAAGACCGAGCCCCGAGUGAUUGGCAUUCUGGACUGGGAAAUGGCCACGAUCGGCCACCCCUUGUCCGACUUUUGCAAUCUGACCAGUCCGUAUAUCAUGGAUGGCGCCGAGCAUUCCAAGGAAGAGUUCCAGCCGGGUCGGAUUCCCGGGUUACCUUUGCGUGAGGACUGCAUUCGGUGGUACGCCGCGGUAUCUGGAUACAACCCGGCCGACGAUAUGCUAUGGGGGGAUGCCUUUUUCGCGUUCCGGGGAUCGGUGAUCAUGCAAGGCAUCGCGGCGCGGUAUGCCGCCCGUCAGGCGAGUAGUGCUCGGGCGGCAGAGUAUGGCAGUCGGGCGAAACCAUUUGCGCUGGAGGCAUGGGGGCGAGUGAAGCAGGUGCAAGACUUGUCGCGGCAAAGGGGCAAGUUGUAA